CUCCACGAUCCAAAAGAAAGGGUCAUUGAAAUACAUGGCAAACUGAUUCAUACCAUCAACGACAACAUUCUUUUGGGGAUCAUGCAUAUACCCUAGAACAAAAUCAAAUUUUUCCUUGCUCUCCAUUACGACAACCAAAAUAGCCUCACGCCGGUCGUAGAGCGAAACAAGAUUCAGAGAUGAGCUCAUCAAAUAUACCAAAGAAUGACGACAACAAAGAGAACGAUCACAAGAACGAAGAAGAAGAGAAGCAAAGAGUGAAUGCAGUCCAAAAGAGCAGGCCACAAAAUUCUCCAAUACUUUCUUCAUCUGCUCUUUUCACAACGUUAAGUGUCGUCUUACCAGUAGUCGUAGCUCGUUCAGGAUGGUCAAAUUUGAUAUUCGUACCGGUAUGCUCGGCUGUCUUACUGCUCAAUCCUUGGGUCAGAACAUUUUUGGAGCUCAAACCAGUCGAUGAUGACGACGAAGAAGAUGACGAUGAUGAUGUUGCAGAUACAUCUGAUGGCCCAAAGAAGGAAAUGUAUUCGCCUUUCGAUCCAGCUCGAAUUGUUCGGCAAUUGAAUGGCAGCUCCCUCGAAAGCAAAAGCAACAAGAAGAAAGAGUCAUCCAGUAAAGAGAAGCUCGCAACGAAAGCACCUCUAGACCGUUCAGGUGCAUAUGCUGCCUUACGUAGAAUGCCUGCAAAGCUACGAACGCCAAUAAGCGAUUUGGAAGAGCUAAUUGUGAGAGAUUGUGUUUUGGGUUGGUACAAUUAUCACAGCUUUGGCGAUUCAAGUUUCCCAAACGAAGUACGGUAUAGCAUCGAUCAUACGAUCGGAAGUAUAUUUCAUGCGACAGAGAGUAUGAAAAGUGCUGACGUUUUAGCAGAGCUCUCACUGGCUGCUGCGUCUGUCUUGUUGGUCACCUUGAGGUAUCGAAGGCUACACCCUAAUCGUGCACCAAUCUUUGCCAAUGAUGAAACACGUAUUCAAGCCUUGCGUGAAGCUUUGGAUAGGGUGUUUGUGAGACAUGCAAGACUGGAAGAUGGCAAGUGUGAUAUCUUGCGAAUGCUACUACGAGAGAUUAUCUGCAAACAGAUUUGGAAUGCCAUUUGCGGAAUUGGAGAGCCAGAUUUCAUCAACCAACAAAUCGUAGCAUGGGGAGAGAGGAAUGCAGUAAAAGAAACUUUGCCAAGCGAGAACGGAUACACUGCGCGAGAUGGAGGACAAGUAGUCCCAACAGCUGCUGCUCGUUCAUCGCCAAAGCCAUCUUUGGAAACACAGCAAAGCUUUGCCGGAUCUCGUAAAGCCGUUCCAGCUUUCUCGCCACCUCUUCCUCAAACUACCAAUCAGGCACCGCAAACGCCUGCAGCUUCACGCAGCAAGCCGACAACUCUUGCAGGAGAACCGCUAACCACGCAACCAAAAGCGAUGACCAUGCCAAGUCCUUUGUCUAAAAGCGGUAUGACACCAUCGAUGAUGUCCCCAACACCUAUGCAAUCAGCAUCACGAGCCAAGAUUACUUCGCCAACACCACGAGAGGUGAAUGAUUAUCAAGCAAACCUUUCUUCGCUGCAUUCUGGAGAUGUCACUUCGCAACCUCAAGAAGGAAAGGGAAAAUCGGCUUUACCUCAACCUUCAGAAGUAUCAGAAGCUAGCUUAAAUGCAUGGGAUAAUGUUAUGCCGAUGAACUUGCCUCCGAAAGCGCACGAAGGAAUGAGUCUACCGGACAGUAUCCGAGAUAGCAUCAAAACAUCCGAAGAGAGUUCCACAGCGGAGAGCAGCAAAGGAUAUUCCAUUCCAGAAACGCCAGAAAAACGCAAGAACAAUGCAGGUCUAAGUGUACAAACACAGGGUGAUGGCAACAGACCACUAGGAAGUGCUUCUACAAGUAGAUCGAUACAAAGUCCAACAGUGAUGUCUGCAGUCUCACCAACAGGCGAUACAAGCAGUAUGAGCGUACGCCCACCAUCACGAGCACCUAGUGCAGCUUCUGGCGGAAUACCACCUGCGCCAGAAUUGUUUGACGUUCUGUCCAACAAGUCUGAUUCAAAUGCAUUCACACCCUUGAGAGAUGCUUUCGAGAAUUUCUUAGAAAGGGGUGGCGUGGCAAGUAGAAGUUUGUUCUUCAGUCCUCCUUCAGCGGCAACUGUUGCUCCAGGUGAAGGGGAAGCACUGCUUAAAUUGCACGUUGGUCUUUCUGCUUUGGCAAGGCUUGUCCCGGCAGAUUCCAAUGUGGAAAAUGACGAGAUCUUUCGUGAAGAUGCAUAUGGAAUCUUGUCAAAAGCAUAUCAUAACCUUUCAGACGUUGAUGAUGGCGUUGCAGGACGAGCGUUGCGUGAAGCAUUGGUUGGUGCUUUGAACCAAAUACAAGAAUCGGAAGAAUUGACUUUACGACAAAUUUUACGUCCGGUCGAAACAUCGCUUUGGAACAGAUUGACCGGUCUUUAUGAGUACUUUUGGAAAGAGACUUGCACAAGACCGAGCGGGGGUACAGCUGCAGGUCGCUCUGGCUCAACCGCUCACAGCGGUAGUAAUACACCCUCGAGAUCCUCUUUCGCAUCCGAACAAAGACCAAAUGUCAAAAGACUAUCGCGUGAGGUGCAAGGAACGUCGGAUUUGACACGAACACCAAGUAUGGAUUUGGCAUACGAGCCGCGAAGGAAGCAGCCACAUGGAUCUUCAUCAACGGACUCUAAUGUAUUCACUGGUCCAUCUCUUUCCCCAACGAAAAGUUUGGCACCUUUGCCUGAAGGUAGAAAUCCUCCUAGACCAGCUUCUAGCCCACCAAUGAAAGCACCAACCUCACGAGCACCCCAAAUAGUCGAACAAACUUCCCAAAAUGGUGCUGGAAGUAAGGCUAGCACGGCUUCUACUGCAAUGCCACCGCCGCCGCUUCCACCGCAAAAGCGAGAUGGUCUUCAAAGACCGGCACCAAGGCGACCUUCUCAAUCUACACUUGAGAUCACCGUGACGGAUGUUUCGCCAAAUGCAGAGCGACCGAACUCAAAUGUUGAUCUACGUUCAUUCGAGGUGAUGAUUGCUGUUGAAGGAUUGGUAUCACAAUCGGGUGGAUUCGUUUUAUUGCGUAAUUGGAGAGAUUUUCAACAAUUACGAGAAGAAUUGAACAGGUCAACUUCUCUGCCUCCUCUGGCAAAUCCUCCGCCUGAAGGAAGAGGAAAAGGUAGUGCGAUCUUGACACGGGAGAUUGAAGCAUUUUUGCAAAAUUUACUUACAAGCCCUGUCCAUAUGACCAGUGAAGCGGUACAAUAUUUUGUCGAUAAAGGAAGGGCAGGCGAAAGCGGCGAAACGGAUAAUUCUGAUCGAAUUGGAGCAUUGAUGGAAAGUUUACAAUUAAGCAAAGGAUUGAACUUAGGUAGAAAUUUUGCAAGCGGGAUGGUAAACACAAUCCAAAAAGGUACACGAACGGCAGUUGGUUUGGCUCCAAGUGUGCCGGGGUUGGGGGAUGCUCAAUCUGAUGCAUCACCUGUUCCUUCAAGAUCGGAUACGUUCGAAGGAGUAGCAGGACCUGAAUUGGCACAUUUGCCAAUCGGAGCACGACCAUCUCAAGGAGCUGGUCAUGAGAAGGUGGCAAGACAAGGAUUGGGAAUACGUGGAAAUGAUUGGCCGCGAUCUGAACAAGUGAGCCGUGAUGCGCCACACACGCACAGAAGAGUUCGAUCGUCUGAUCUUGCAUCAGGUAAAGAUCAACAACAAUCUCCUGUCUUGAACCGCUCGCCAACAUCACCCGAACAUUUCCCUUCUACGGCCAGUAUACCCACUUCGGGUCCAGCAUCUGAAUUAUCACAAGCUGAUUUGGAUAAUCUGUUGAGUUGCAUCUUUGCAAUUGCUGAUGAAGCAUUCAAUCUUUCAGGCGGUUGGACGUUUAGACGUGGAAUGUUGCGUGUUUUUGAACAGAUUGUUCGGACGCAAUACUGGUCAAGCAUUCUUGGUGUGUUUAACAACAUGGUUCAUUCACUCUCUCAUGAACAAGUGGGAAAUUGGUGUAAGGAUGCAAAGGUGAAGUUUUGGCCUGAUGAACCUUCCAGUAAGGCAGCGAUGGCAGCCGCAGCUGCUGCUGCUCAAGCAAAUGCGUCUGCCGCCCAGCAAGCUUCUAGCAAAUCACAACCGACCGCUGGAGAAGGAGAAGGUUUCGGUGAUGCAGUCGUGGAAGCGGCAUUGGAUGCUACUCAAGCAGUCACAGAAGAGGCAGCCGAAAAGACUGGCUCUGGACCGGGUACGAACGCAAAUGCUGUUCCACCCAAACGAACGGUUGCUCAAAUGGCAGCCACGCAUGCAAGAGCACAACAAAUCUUGCUAUCACAUGUUCCUUCCAGUUCGGCAUUCUUUUUUGGACCAGGAGGAAGACAAUCAUGUGAACGUGCAGUGAUUUGUGUUCAUGAAGAAAUCACUCAACCUACUACCAGUUUGGAUUUAGUCUUGACGGUUGUGUUGAAAUUGUGCGAUAUUGCUGCACGUUGAUGGGAAAUGUACAAUAAAAUUACUUAUGUCGGAACCCUUUGCUUUAUGAUAAUGCGCUCUCUCUACAUAUAUGUUUCAAUACGAUAGAUUAGUAGUAGUAGUGUAUAAAUUGUAUGAAUAGGCAAGCAAGAACAUCACUAAAGAUUGAUCAAAGCUGCCGUGCGAACGUAGCAAAAAGAGGAUGAAAAGAGAUAAAAAAAGA